UUGUUCUUACCUUAUUUGUUGUCUUGUCGGUAUCCCCUCUCCACAUCUAAUUCCUAGAACUAAUUUUUUAACUUUGUUUAUGAACACAAAAAAUUGAAUUGAGUUACUUCAUUUUAUCACAUGGAAACUAGUACCAACAAAUCUCAAGGCCCUUCUUCUUCUACUGAUUCAGACAUUGAUAAUAGUGAUUCAGGUUGUUGUUCCAGCAGUAGUAGUAGCAGAUCUGAUGCUGCAGCAGCAGCUGAGUUGAAAUUGUAUAGGGCUUUCAUAUUCUCUGUGCCUAUUUUCUUCACUUUGAUUCUUGUUUUUCUUUUCUAUGUUUUCUAUUUGAAACCUCGGAGGGUUGAUUGGUCUUCUAUAAGGAUGAGGUCUGUUUCUGUUUUACAACAUCAUAAUCACAACAAUGAUAUCUCCACUUCUGAUUUGGGGUUGAAGAAAGAAUUGAGAGAGAUGUUGCCUAUUAUUGUGUACAAUGAAAGCUUCUCUGUCAAAGAUACACUAUGCUCAGUGUGUCUUUUGGAUUACCAACCAGACGACAGACUACAACAGAUUCCGAUAUGCGGCCAUACGUUUCAUAUGAAUUGCAUUGAUCUUUGGCUCGCCAGCCACAGCACCUGCCCUCUCUGCCGUCUGUCACUACUACCUACCGCUAAAUCAUCAACCGAAACAUCUAAUAUGCAGGCCACGAGCAGUGAAGAAAUGGAGAUGCAACGGAGAAAUGACGAAACGCCCGCCAUGGAAUUCUCUGACUCGGUAUCUACUAGUCAUCAAGAAACCACUGUCAUUGAAAAUGUCUCGGGAGAAGUUGGGAUCAACCCUCACCCGCGCAUCGAUGUUCAAGAGCAAAACGUACGAAACAACCAAUAGGAACAUGAAGAUACGAGAGAUUCUUGUUCAUCUCGGUGCAAGCAUCUUCGAUUUGUGAGAAAUUUGGUAAUUUUGUGGAAGAUUGGAUCAAACCGUCGACAACAUCAUCAUCAUCACGCGAAAUCUUUGAUACAUCCCUGUGCAGAUUGGCAACAAGAUCAUGGAUUUGUUUUUCCUUAUGAUUCUUUACAUUGUAGCAUUGUGCUUAUAUGAGAGUUAUGUAUCAUUUAUCAACAUAUAUAAAUUAAAAUUUUCUGUUCA